AUGGAUAAUUGUUACCUCUGUGUCCUGCUGCUUGUUGUGAUAUCAGGCAAUAUUGUAGAUGGCCUAUAUCGGGCAAACUUGCCUCCGGCAAACCAAAAGAGAGCUUUACCGAAUGUCUUCGAAUCUGAAAAUCAUCUAAAUCCCAGUUACGAAACCGAUGUGUAUGCGAUGUUUGUGCCACCCAUAAGAAAAACCGUGCAGCACAUAGCGACCAUCCCAGAUGAAUAUGAGAGAAUACCUCCAGAACAGAAUGGUCCGGCAUCCGGAGACUUUGGAAACCUCGUCAAGGUCGAAGACUUGGACAGGAAACAAAUGCUCCGUUACCCUUGGGAGGAAGCGGUUGAACGUUCCCAUCACUUGGAUGACGUUGAGCCAAUAUUGUCCCCGAUUCAGAUGUAUUGA